AUGAAAAAAAUAAUAAAAAAGAAUAAUAACUAUGAUAAUAAUAAAGUUAAAAAAACACAAACUACAAAAACAGGUGAAUUAAGUUAUGAAGAGAUUCAAAAGAUUAAUUCAGAAUUAUCAGAUAGAAAUAAAAAUGAUAAACUUAUAGCGUCAAAAGAAAAGUGUGAUGUUAUUGGUAAAAGUUUUGGAUUCAUUGAACCUAGUAUUAGGAAAGAUAUAGUUGAUGAGAAUAUAGAUAAACCAUUUGUACUUUUAUCAUAUGGUGGAACAAGUAAAGAAAUUAAAAGAGAAAGAAAAGAGAGAUUACGUUUAGAGAAAUUAAAAACCAAAAAAUUAGGUUCAAAAAAGAAAAGAGAACUCUCAUUCUUUUCAAUCUCCUCUGAAAAUUGUAUAUACGAUCAAUAUUUACCAUUACACCAAUUAUGGACUCAAUAUAUUCAAGAUGUAAUGCAACAACAAAAAGGACCCGCUCUUGUAAAUAAAAUUUUAAAAGCUGAUUUACAUGGUGCUAUAGUCAUUGUCACCAAAUCAAAAUGUCCAACUUUUGUUGGUCAAAAAGGAAUAAUCGUCCAAGAAACUGAAAAUACUUUUAAAAUAAUUACAAAAGAAAAUAAAUUAAAUAUAAUUCCAAAAGAACAAUGUCAAUUCUAUUUAGAAUGUUGUAACCAGGUUGUAACAAUUUUUGGUAAACAUUUUUGUUUUAGAGCGUGUGAUAGGGCAAAUAAAAAGUUUAAACCUCGUAAGAAUAUCGAAUUAUGA